AUGAAGUACAAUGGAACCACAAAGGUUCAUAUAAGAUCUACAGAUAAAUUCCUGAUUUACACGUCCCGUUCCCAGAAGGAAAAGGCCAUGUGCAGUUACUCCACUCUGACUGAGUUUGUCCUUGAAGGAUUAACACACCAUUCAGAACUCCAGCUGCCUCUUUUCCUGUUUCUAGGCAUCUACGGGGUCACAAUGUUGGGAAAUCUGGGCAUGAUCCUCCUGAUUGCUUUCAACUCCAAGCUCCAGUCUCCCAUAUACUUUUUUCUUGGUAAUUUGUCAUUCUUAGAUCUCUUUUAUUCCUCAGUGGUUACCUCCAAACUCCUGGGAAACUUUGUGUGGGAGAAAAAUGUUAUUUCUUACCCUGGGUGUAUGACCCAGCUUUUUUUCUUUUGCGGUUUUGCUAUUGGUGAAUGUUUUAUGCUCUCUGCAAUGGCCAAUGACAGAUAUGUAGCAAUUUGCAAUCCUCUGUUGUACAAUGUCACCAUGUCCCCCAAAGUAUGCAAUGCAUUGGUGAUUGGAGUCUAUACCAUAUCUACUUUCGGCGCAUUAGCCCAUACAGUUGCUAUGACAAGGGUUUCCUUUUGUGGGGACAAUGUCAUCCAGCAUUACUUCUGUGACAUAUAUCCUCUUCUGAAGCUCUCUUGCUCCAGCACACAUGUCAAUGUGCUUCUUGUUAUUCUUGUAGGUGGGUUCAAUUUAUUGACAACAACUUCAACCAUCUUCAUCUUUUAUGCUUUUAUUAUUGUUAGCAUUCUUCGAAUCUGUUCUGCUGAGGGUAGGUCCAAAUCUUUUGGUACCUGUGGCUCUCAUUUGACAGCAAUUGAAGUCUUUUAUGGUUCUCUUAUUUUUAUGUACUUUAAGCCCUCAGACAGUACCAGUAGCAUGGCCCAGGAGAAUGUGGCCUCUGUGUUCUAUACCACCAUGAUUCCCAUAUUGAAUCCUUUGAUCUAUAAUAAGGAUGUCAAGAAUGUGUUGAAGAAUGUCAUGGGGGAAAAGAUAAGAAACCACAUGGAUGGAGUCGGAAAUAUUGAAUGUCCUGAGAGCUGCAUGAUUAGUCACUUUUAUCCAUUAUCUUACAUACCAUUAAAUUUUUUCUGUUUCUAA